AUGCGUGCAGAAAUUCCUGCUUUUCAGAGAUGUUGUGUGUGCAUACCUUUGCGAUAUGGUUUGAUUGUAUGGGGAUAUUAUAGAUUGCUCCUGGCUGGAUACAUUUUAGUUACUAUUUGCUUCGAUAUAAGUCGAUGCGUGGAACUCAUGAAUUCCGAAGAAGAGAAACACAAGGUCACCACGUCAAAUAUUAUAAUUUUAUGUUUAACUCUUAUUAUAAUGAUAGCUGAUAUUAUAUUGGGCAUACUAUUCAUCGUCGGAUGUCACAAGAAAAAUGUCUCUAUACUUGAGAGGUAUUAUCACUACAGUCUAGUGUUAUUAGCAUUACUUGUGCCGCUAUGUUUAUACAAUUUUGGAAGGACCCUAAACUAUAUGUCCAUAUCCAAAAUGCCGUGGACAAAAAUAAUCUUCUUAUUUGUUCCUGAAUUCAUUGCAACAAUCAGUUAUGUGGUUAUACAAAUAUACAUCGUGCUCUUAGUGCGAAGUGAGAUUUUGAAACUACGCAAAGAAUAUCAAUUCAGAUUUGAAAACAAAGUAACCCAAGGGGAAUGUUUUGUGAACAUUGAAGACUCGAUUGAAGGGAAGCUGUUGGAGAACCUGAAAGCGAUAGACGACGAUGAUUAA